AUGGUUGCUCAAGCUUCUUCCUCCUCCGCGACGCCUCGAAAUAAGCUGGUGAUCAGACGAUUGCCACCUACUUUGCCCGAAGAACUAUUCUGGAAAUCGGUAUCAACAUGGAUAAAUGAUAAGACAUGCCUGUGGAAAAGGUAUAUAAAGGGAAAAGUGGGGGAUGGAGGGUACGAUUCCCAUCCCGUACAUUCAAGAGCGUAUGUCCUCAUGGCUAGUCCAGAGGCUCUGGUAGAUUUCGUUCGAGGAUUCGAUGGACAUGUAUUUAAAGCCAAAACCGGAGCCGAAUAUCAAGCCGUGGUCGAGUUUGCACCAGUCCAGAAAACACCUUAUAAAGCCAAAGUCAAGGUCGAUGCCAGGCAGGGCACGAUCGAUGAGGAUCCCGAUUACCUAUCAUACCUGGAAAGUUUGAAAGCAGAACCUGUCAAGCCAAUUUUGGAGGUAUCCGCACCCCAAGCUCAACCUACUACCACACCACUGCUAGAACAUCUUCGAGCUCAAGGCAAAAAUAAAAAAUCCAAAUCAUCUUCCAAAUCCGCCGCCUCUUCAUCAUCUGCCAAUGAGUCGGCUCGUCGUGCAGCUGCGUUAGCAAGUGUCACAGCGGCAGCUACGAAACGUGCCGCUCAAGCUGGUUCUGGUCCGGUGAUGGUAGCUGGAAAAGGUAGAGAAGUACAUAUCGCUUCUCCCAUCCCCGAAUCUGGGACAGCCACCCCUCAGGGACAAGGUGAUGGAGAGAGUAAGAAGAAAGGUAGAAACAGGAAGAAGGGGAAGAAAGAUGGCGAAUCAAGUGGAAAAGCCACGUCUGAGCAAGGUCAAGCUACUCAGACUACCUCAAAACCUCCGGCUGGAGGAAGAUCAACGCCGUCACAAGCUCACAAGCAAGAUGGAGGACGACCAACACCUUCGAAUGGUACCAAAAAUGCAGAAGGUGCUACUGGGCCUAAAGCCAAUAAAGGUGGCAGAGGCGAUGGGGCAGGGAAAGGUGGAGAUAACAGUACAAAAACCGAUAGAGGAGAAAGAGGUGGUGGUGGCGGUGGUGGUGGAGGAAGAGGUCGAGGGAAGGACAGGUCUGGUAAAGCUCAAGUUAUGGAGAUUCUCACGAGAGACUCAGCUGGACCUGGUACGUCAGCAAGAGGUGGUCGAGGUGGAAAUGCAGCUGGAACAGGUGGAAAUGGUAGAGGUGGUUCCGUUCAACCCGAUGUCGGAGCUUCGAGAGCACGAAUCGACGUGCCUUGA